UCCCCCAACCACUCUCACACCCCCGUAUCUCAAACUCUCACACGAUCCAACAUCCAAUCCUGGAAAGACAGCAUCCGGGAAGCACGCCAAAACAGCGCGUUUUUGGAAAAAUGGCCGUGCAUGUAUUGCCAUGGUGGCAUCGAUCUAAGUAGCUUGCGCGAUCAUACGCGGUUUCGGUGCCGGAAUAGUAAAUGUGUUGGUGUAGGAAAGUUGCAAGUGACGUGUUUUUGGGAUGUUAAG